AUGAUAGAUCACUGUCCCAUUUUGAUACAGGAAGAUGGUAGGGAUUGGGGACCAAAGCCUUUUAAAUUUAUCAAUGCCUGGUUAUCUCAUCCAUCCUUCAUAUCAGAGGUAAAGAAAAGGUGGGAGGAAGCUCAAGUUCAAGGGUGGGCAGGGUUUAGAGUGAUAAGAAAACUAAACCUGCUUAGGAGCCACUUAAGGAUGUGGAACAAGGUUGUGUUUGGUAAUAUUGAUACUCAAUUACAGAAGGCUGAGGAGGAGCUUCAUGAAUGGGACUUGAAGGCAGAGUCUAGAUCUCUAGAGGAAGUGGAACUGAUGAGAAGAAGAAAAGUAAGGAGCCAGGUGUGGCAGCUGGGUAGAAGCAAGGAGAGGCUAUGGCACCAAAAGUCUAGGCAGAUGUGGGCUCAGUCUGGUGAUAAAAACACUAGGUACUUUCACAUUAUGGCUAGCAGAAGGCAGAGGAAGAAUUUGCUUGACUCUGUUGUAGUGGAGGGAAGGAGAGUGGAGGAUCCAGUUCAGGUCAAGCAGGAAGUGGUUAGGCAUUUCAGUCAACUAUUCUCUGAGGAUUGGAAGCUAAGGCCAAAACUUCUUGGCCCUUUUGCUGUUAUUAGCCCUGCGGAUGUUGGUAGUUUGGAAGCUGCUUUCACAGAAGAUGAGGUUUGGGAAGCUGUGUAG